GUUUGGCGGACCCAUGGUCGAGCCACUUCCGAGAUCCUAUCAUUCGGUACACGCGUGGGCUAAAGGAGAAGCUUGUUCCUCCUGCCGCGGGUUCUUAUUGUCCAGCAUGCAGAUUUCUUGUCUCCGCUCAGCAUUAGCUUCGUCUGGUGGUUUACCCCGCUGCGGCCUUCGCACCGGUAUCUUGACUCGAUUUCGGACACACGGACGUCCAUCGCAGCAGAGACAACAUGGCCGAGGGCAAAGGAUUUAUUAGCUCGGGGAGUCCAGUCUCACUCAGGAAAGGAGCCAUGUGUACUUGAGAUCUCUACAAUUGGUGAACGAAGCAAUCCAAGCAAGAAGUUUACUGAAGUGGAAACCGACCCUCACUCAACAUGGAGAACAAAUCCUAUACUCUAUCCCAGGAGCAAGUCCAAUUCUACCACGAGAAGGGCUACCUUCUCGUUCGGGACUUUCUGAAUGCGGGGGAGACAAGGAGUCUCCAGCAAUGGUCCCAGGAGGUUCAUGAUCUUCCUCGCACGCCAGAUGCGUCCUAUAUGCCCUAUGAGGAGGUGAAUGCACAAGGCAAGAGGGUCCUCUGCCGCACAGAGAACUACGCCAACAGCCAUGCCGGCUUCCACAGCCUGCUUCGCGGCAAGCGCAUGCUUAGCGUCCUCGAGCAAUUGGCCGCGGAAGAGAUGCUCCUGUUCAAAGAGAAGAUUAACUACAAGUUCGCUGGGAGCGGCGGUUUCUCCCCACACAUCGACGCCAAUGCGUACACACAUGUCAAAAACAUCAAGCAUCUGACGGUUCUCGUUGCUGUGGAUGAGAUGACCUCCGAGAAUGGUGGUCUCGACGUUGUAAAUGGUAGUCAUCUCAUGGAAGUCCCUCUGGGAGAAGACCGAUGCAUUGAACCUUCCUGGGUUGAAAGCCACGAAUGGACUCCUUGCAAUCUAAACCCAGGGGAUAUUCUGGUAUUUGGCUCCUAUCUCGCGCACAGAAGUGGUGCAAACCUGAGCCCCAAGGACCGUCGGGCGAUUUACGCCACAUACAACCGCAAAGCUGAAGGAGAUCUCCACGACCAGUACUAUGAGGACCGUCGGAAACUGUGGCCUGCAACACACAUGCGCAAGGACGGCGAGAACUAUGAAGAGGGGAGACUGCGCUACGGAUACGGUUCUCCCAUGCUCACGAUUGAGGGUCAGGAGGAAGUGGUGGCGUAAUUCUGUCUUUAAUUCUGUAGAUUCUUUUUGUCAUCAGUGAAUAUCAUAGUGAACUAGUUAGUUAAUGAGUCUUAAAUAAUAUCCAGGGACUGGGUGCGAACCCCGUUGACCUUGA